AUACCUAGGUACUUAGUACCAGCUACCAUAACAAUCCCUGCAACUGAGACUGGAUGGUGUGGUGGGGAGAAACCAUUUUAGACCGAGGUAUCUUCCCCGCUUGUUGAAAUUGGCCAGACAUACCCGUAUAUGUAGAGAUUCCUGCCACCGACCGUCCAAGCCCACCUUCUCAUCCAAUCCUGUACAUACAACGUACCCCCGCGAUAAAUUGAAGCAGUGCCAUACGCCCCAAGAAAGUACGCGCACUCACGAAAGAUGGAGCCCCCCAACGGGAAGAAACCCUCCUCCGCCACGGACGGAUUCUUCCAACCGCUUCCUGUCGUCCCGCCCGCAUACACCACCUCCACCACCACCAACAAUCACCCACGAUCGGCCACCGAGUCCCCACCCGGCGACGACACCGCGCUCGCCCGCGUGCUAGAUCUCUACCUUCCCCCGAACUGCCCCGAGCCCACAACCGCUAUCCACAACCUCUCCCGCCUGGCCCUCGACCCCACCGUCCUCCGCCUCGCCGUCGACGCAGAGGUCAACCCCCCGAUCCUCCGGCCCCUCACAACCUUUGGCGCAGAGAACCGCGUCGACCCGCUCUGGGUUGGAGAAGGGUGGCGUGGACUCAAGGCGAUCGGACAGGAGGAAGGACUAGUCUCUGUCGCGUACGACGAAGAGAACGAGGGGUGGAACCGACGCGUCCACCAGUUCGCGUUGAAUCAUGUGUGGACGGGCAGUGCGGCGAUGACGGGGUGUCCGGCGUCGAUGAGCGACGGGGCGGCGAAACUGCUCCACGCACAUCGGGACGACCCGGACGGGGACCAGCCGGGGAGGGGGGCGGUGCUGCGAGAGUCGUAUCGGCGGCUGGUCGCGCGGGAUCCCUCCGUGGCGUGGACCUCGGGCCAGUGGAUGACAGAGCGUCGCGGCGGGAGUGAUGUCCGUGGGACGGAGACGGUGGCCCGCCGCUUGACGGAGGAUGAGAUUGCACACGAUAGCGCGCAAGGCAGGGACCGUGACGCGCAUGGGCUGCCGCUGGGGCCGUGGCGCAUCGAUGGUUUCAAAUGGUUCAGCAGCGCGACUGACUCUGAGAUGACGCUGUUGCUGGCCCAGACUAGGAAGGGGCUCAGUCUGUUCUACGUGCCGAUGCGCCGCUGUGCUGGGGGCGAAGGAAAGGCACCAGAGUUGAAUGGGAUCCGCAUCCAGCGGCUGAAAAACAAGCUGGGCACCAAAUCGCUUCCCACGGCUGAGCUGGAGUUAAGGGGGGUUCGAGGUUGGCUGAUUGGGGAAGAAGGCAAGGGGGUUAAGGAGAUUGCGACGGUCCUGAACAUCACUAGGCUAUACACGGCCGGCGGCUCCCUUGGGUAUUGGGGCCGCGGGCUGGCGAUCUGUCGCGCUUACAGUAAGAUUCGGACGACACAGGGGAAGCUUCUGCAAGACAAUCGACUGCAUGUGCGAUGGAUGGCGAGUGAGACGGUGAAGUACUGGGCGUCAAUGCAGCUCACCUUCUUUGCCGUUGCGUUGCAGGGCACCAUCGAGCAAGACUGGGAGUUGACGGCCCGAGGUACCAAGGCUGCUAACUUGAUUCCUAGAGAUAAGGCGACAGCUGCAGCUCUACUUCGUCUGAUCACUCCUGUGAUGAAGGGUACGGUGAGCGUGAAUUCGGUCCAUGGGCUUCGCGCCUGCAUGGAGUGUCUGGGUGGCGUGGGCUACUGCGAGAAUAACGAAGACGGUGGGCUGCUGAACAUUGCCAAGAUCUUCCGCGAUUGCACAGUCAAUGCUAUCUGGGAAGGAACUGUCAAUGUGAUGGCAGAAGAUGUGGUCCGAGUUAUCAACGACAGGCGUCUAGGAAAGGGGGAAAUCAUCGAGACAGUCCUGGGUUCAUGGGUGAGACCUGUACUUGCAGUAUGCAAGCCGAAAUUCGAGCACGAAUGCAAAAAUAUUGAGCAAAGCUUGGAUGCCUUGCGAUCGAUGGUCUCCCGACGCGUGACGGAAGAGCUCCUCUACCGGGGAAGGGAACUCACGCAACAUAUCGAGGUGAUUGUAUGCGGCACGCUGCUGAUAUACAAUGCUUCUCUGGAUGAUAACCAAGUUGCGAAAGCGGUUGCUUCUCGGUGGAUAAGUGGUAACACUAUAUCAAGUAUCCAUGUCGCUUCACCUUCGAUCGGAUGGUCUGAAGAGUCUGCUGCGGACAAGCAGAUAUUUCUUGGAGGCACUUUAACGACACACGAAGAACUCUCCAAGCUGUAGCUAUCUCUAGGAUGCUAAGAUUG